AUGGCGUCCUCCAUACUAUCCGACUGCUCCUCCUGCGCCACCUCCCGCCUCCUCCCCCUCCGCCGCGCCCUCCACCCGCCGCCGCCCCGCUUCCGCCCCUCGCCCGCCUCGGCGCCGUCGCUGACGAGGCCUCUCUCCGCCUCCCCAGCCCCGCUCCCUCUCCUCCCCCGCGCGCGUCGCAUGGCCGCGCUCUCCGCCGCCGCCGCUUCUUCCGCCGACCCAGCGACUGCCCUGGCCGACGCUUCUGCCAAGAUCAUCGACGGGAAGCUGGUGGCGAAGCAAAUAAGAGACGAGGUCGGCGUCGAGAUCGCCAGGAUGAAGGAGGCCACCGGGGUGGUGCCCGGGCUGGCGGUCAUCCUAGUUGGCUCCAGGAAGGAUUCCCAGACCUAUGUGCGGAACAAGAAGAAGGCGUGCGAGGCGGUCGGUAUCAAGUCGUAUGAGGUCAAUCUGCCGGAGGACUGUUCCGAGUACGAGGUUAUCAAGAACAUUGCGACCUUCAACGAGGAUCCGUCGGUGCACGGCAUCUUGGUUCAGCUGCCCUUGCCUCGUCACAUGAAUGAUGAGAACAUCUUGAAUGCUGUUAGUAUCGAAAAGGAUGUUGAUGGCUUUCAUCCACUGAACAUUGGACGACUUGCGAUGCAAGGCCGGGACCCAUUCUUUGUUCCAUGUACCCCUAAAGGAUGCAUGGAGCUGCUACACAGAUAUGGAGUUGAAAUAAAAGGGAAGAGAGCUGUUGUAAUUGGACGAAGCAAUAUCGUGGGGAUGCCUGCUGCCUUGCUCUUGCAAAAAGCAAAUGCAACUGUGAGCAUUGUACAUUCACAAACCAAGAACCCUGAGGAGAUAACAAGACAAGCAGAUAUUAUCAUCGCGGCUGUUGGAGUUGCUAACCUGGUCAGAGGGAGUUGGAUAAAGCCUGGAGCUGCUAUUAUUGAUGUGGGCAUCAAUCCGGUUGAUGAUCCAUCAAGCCCCCGCGGUUAUCGGCUCGUCGGAGAUGUCUGCUAUGAGGAGGCUUCCAAGGUUGCAGGAGCGAUCACACCAGUUCCCGGAGGUGUCGGGCCAAUGACAAUUGCGAUGCUUCUGUCGAACACACUCGAGUCAGCUAAGAGGAUCCACAACUUCAAAUAACUGCACAACCCUGAACCAAGAACUUUGGAGAGUGCUUGCUUAACCUUUGGUUUGGUCUAAUCUACCGGGCAAGGUUUUGCCAACUGUUUUAUGUGCCUUUUGUUCGACCAGGAAAGGUCAACAAAAGACGUAGAAUAAAUUUUUGUUAGGGGUGAGAAAUUUAUUCAUACUUAAAACUGUACCUGUGUUCCCUAAUGUUCUAUGAAAUCCCAGUUCAGUCUGAUACAAAUUAAUUGGGUUAAAUGGUGGGCUCCCUUGGUGAUUUGGCAGGACAGGAGAGGGAAGGAAACAAUAGCUCCAAGCUAAUCUAUACAGUUGGAUACUGGAUUUUAUGA